UCAUUACUACCUAUCAUUUCCUUCGAGUGCAUCUGAAAUAUGUCUGAUGAAUGGGCAGAAGAAAUUGUUCAAGUGAACCCUCUUCCUACAACAGAACUUCCAGAAAUAAAGUUGUUUGGUAAAUGGAAUCCAUAUGAUGUACAAGUAUCUGAUUUAGGACUUGUUGAUUAUAUUGCUAUUAAAGAUAAGCAUGCCAAAUAUUUACCACAUACAAGUGGAAGAUAUGCUGCUAAAAAAUUUAGAAAAGCUCAGUGCCAUAUAGUUGAGCGUCUUGUUAACUCGUUAAUGAUGCAUGGGAGAAAUAAUGGUAAAAAAUUAAUGGCAGUCAGAAUUGUGGAACAUACAUUUGAAAUUGUUUUCUUAUUGACGGGUCAAAAUCCAAUCCAAAUAUUAGUUGAUGCAAUAAUCAAUAGUGGACCUCGAGAAGAUUCCACUAGAAUAGGUAGAGCUGGAACUGUUAGACGACAAGCUGUAGAUGUUUCACCUUUGAGACGUGUUAAUUUAGCAAUUUACCUGAUAGUGACAGGUUCUAGAGAGUCAGCUUUUCGUAAUAUUAAAACAAUUGCAGAGUGCUUAGCCGAUGAACUUAUAAAUGCUGCCAAAGGAUCAUCAAAUUCGUAUGCUAUUAAGAAAAAAGAUGAAUUAGAAAGAGUUGCUAAAUCUAAUCGUUAAUAAUCUUAUUUGGUUUAUUUUAUAAAAUUAUAUCUGUUGUUAUUUUUACAUCAAUAAAUUAUUGUUAAAUCAGCUCAGAAUCUGAUCAAUAUUUUGUUUUGUCAUCAAUAAGUAACAUUUUUAAAUUUUAUAUG